GAGGCUCACAAUUUGACCACAAACUUGUGUUUUAGUUUGUAUUAAUUAAAGCGUUAAAAGCAAGUCCAAUUGUUUGUUUGUAGGAUAAUUAUGGAGAGUGCAAACCAGUCAAUGGCAGUCAGUAGAGCUCCUAUAGCUCCACCUAGACAUAAGAAGAGGCUCAAACAACUCUCUUUGGAACAAGUCAAAAGUCAUUCGGAGCCAAACUCUCCUGUACUUCCCAUGAAGAAGCCUAGUCCCCCCAGACCACCACCUCGUCCUAAUAUAAAACUAGCUCGUGCGAAGAGUACAGAACAAGACAAGAACAAUGGACUGCAAGCUCACCAUCCAAGAGUGGAGAAAAGGGUCUCAGCUCCUCCUCUCAGACCACCACCACCUGUGAAGAUUAUAAAUGAUACCGUAAUAGUUAUAAGCAAGAAUUCUCAAGAAGGUCGUAAAAUACCACCGAUGAUGCCCCCUCCACCGAAGAGCAUCCCACCUCGACCCAGGAGCAGUUUUGCAAUGGCCCCCACAGACAAGAGUAUUAAUGCAAAAAGCAGUCCACCUCGACCUCGGAGCAGUUUGGCAAAUCCUGUCGCAGACCAGAACAAAGCAAGAGCUGGCUUGUCAGCAUCCGCAGAUCAUCACUUCCAUACAGGCCCUCGUCCUCAUAAGAAAAAGAAGGGUAUGGAAAGGAAAACUUCUAGUCCUGAUUGCAAAAUUGUGAAGAAUGAAAGCAAGCGUGAAUCGCUCUAUCUCAACGUGGCUCCUCGAUUACCCGCUAAUGUUCGAAAGAAAAAUGUGGAAUUGUCGGAAGCAUACAGUCAAAACCCAAGGUAUAUUAAACCACCAAGUAAUGGAGCUCAUAAAUCAACAGAAAAUAAAAAACAGCAAAAUCAUAAAAGUACGCAGCAAACAUCUUCUACAAGCAGUCCUAGAACUAAGUUACCUGCUAAGAACACUAAGAUACAGCAGGGGAGACUAGGCCCUCUCCCCCGUCUCCCUCCUCCUGAGAAAGUUGUGCCCUAUUCAUUGUACACUGAGAUAUUGGAUAAUGAUAACGCUAGCGGUGGUGACGAUGAUUACAGCUACGUCCAUCUGAAACCUCGUUUUGACCUCGUGGGAGCAUCGAGACAUUUGGAGAGUCUCGAUCUGGAGCUGUCUCGUUAUAACGACACGGAUGCGUACGUUAAUAACGACUACAAUGGACCUUGUCCACGACUACCCACCUCUCAGAGUGCAGAGUACAUGCCGCUCUUGACGAAGAACAGGAUUGAUGAUGAUAUCUAUGCUGAUCCACAACACGACGUUUCUGAGGACCAGAAAUCAAUUAAUAACGACUACAAUGGACCUCGUCCACGACUACACACCUCCCAGAGUGCAGAGUACAUGCCGCUCUUGACGAAGAACAGGAUUGAUGAUGAUAUCUAUGCUGAUCCACAACAUGACGUCUCUGACGAUGACGACUCACCAGUAGAAGCAUACGCUGUCGUUAAUGUGCACACGAUCAAUCAAGAAUCAAGUGGAUACGUGGAGUCAGAAGACUGUUAUAUGUCACUAUCCAACCAAACGUUGGAGAAUUAUUCAGAUUAUCAACAGGUGUCACUGAUACCUCAAACGUGAAGUAACUGAUCCUUAUCAUUAACAACAACAGCAACACAGGAGUAUAUAAUACAAACAAGAGCACUUAUUUUAUACAUGUAGCUGUAUAGUACUGUUCGUGUUUUAAACUGUUCGUGUUUUUAAUCAAUAUUCAUCCUUUUUGUAUAAUUAUAUAAACUUUCAAUUUUUCAUGACAGUGUUUCCAAUUCAG